AUGGCUGAGGUUCUUCUCGCGCUGCGAACGCUACUGGUGCCGAUGCUUCCGCCCUUGCAGAUGCCCCGACAAUCUGGCAAGACCGUCGAAGGCUUCACUAUGACGGCUGAGCUUUACUUCGAAGGCAAACGCCAUUGGGGGCCCGCCAAAUGCCACCAGAACGCGGUUCGUAUCGCCACCGCACUCCGAGAGGCAGAUCCCCGUUUGGAACUCAGACUCGACAACGCGUCGAAGUCAGUCGAAGGAGUUACAGCCACUGUCUCGCUCAAGAAGAAGGACAAGCUUCUUUUGAACGAAUAUGCUAUCCACAACAACAUGGUACCAAUGGUUGACAUAAUCAAAACCAUCUGGGCGAUUAGCCCCCCACCUAAUUAG